AUGACCUUCCCUCCCCCACACCCUUCCGCCCAAUCGUCGAUUGCUUCUGGCACCGAUAAAUCUUCUUCGACCAGGACUGAUAUUGGUGCCUGGGGUCGGUCCGUGUCGCAGUCCGGCGCACGUCGUGGGUUGACUCCACUCGCGACUAACAUAUCCUCUGCCGCUCCUCCCACGGCCUCCCGGGGCUUGGACGCAGGCCUUGGAGUUUCAACACCAUCGUCCUUUUCUGCCGUAUUGAGCUCUGCCAGGGGUGGUAUCACCGGUGGAAGUCCCAAACCCACAUCUUCACCGUUUGGCUCAUUGCAAUCUGGCUCGCAACAGCACGCAACAAACAUCUCGUCUCCUAAGUUCCGAUCUCACACCCCUUCCAUAGGGUCCCAUUUGGCCUCGUCUACAGGCUCCGUUCCGGGUGGAGGAGGUACUGGGGGAGGAGGUGGCGGGCCGGGAUCUUCCAGAGGCGUCUUCUCGCCGCUCUCGUCCGGAACAACCGUGAAUUCUCCCACAGGCUUCGCGUCUGACAAGUCGGGAUCCGCAGCCGCUCACUCGAGCCAGUCUUCGCUUACAAAGAUCUCCAUCGCACAAGUGUUCUUGCUGCUAGAUUCCAUCACAGAGAAAGAAGGCAAAGAGAAGUGGGAAACAAAAGCUGCUCAAAUACAUAAGCUCGUAACAUCGAACGGAAUGGAGGUCUUUUCUAAAUACUUUCGCCGCCUCCUAACCGGCAAUGCACCACAAAUAUUCCCUGGUGUGAACAAGCCCGUCGAGAAUGCGGGCAACUACCCUCUCCUUGUCCAGGAGCUACAGAAAGUGUCCUCAGACAUGGAGCAGUCCCAGAAGAUCGCCGAAACAGUAGAUACUUCUGAAGGAGAUAUCUUCCGUGACUUUGACCUUUCCACUUUCUUGGACCAUUUCCGACUGGAUCCAAUUGUCAAGGUAGCACUGGCUUUGGCAUUUAAGCUGACCAGCAAGUCGGAUCUCCGCGCUAAAGCUGAUGCUAUUCUCUCCCAAUCCGUUGGCCCCUUCCUGCAGAGCUUGGCAAACCCAACCGAAGUGACCAAGGACUACCACAACUCUUUCCUCGGAAUGACCAUCGAGCGAUUCAUUCUAUUCCCUCCCCGCAAUUUUACCGACGAUGUCAAGGCGAAGUUGGUAUAUGCAGCCAAUCUCCGAUACCAGAAGCUCGGCUCAGAUAUGCCAUUCGAAGUCUCCUCUGCUCUCCAGAUGUUCAACUUUGUCAGCCCACAAUACACCCUUGUGCGGCAGCUUCAUGCAAAGGGACCCCGCGCAACUGCAAGCAUUGAGACCAUCAGCGAGGUGAUCAACGCAGACCCCAAAAAUUGGAGCGAAGAACAUAUGGCAAGCGCCCUUCUAUUCAUGGUUCUAUCGCAAUAUUGGGAACAAUUCUCGCUCGAGGCAUUCCUGAGAGCCUUCGCCGAUAGGCCAAUCAAUUGGCCGCUGGUGUUCCGGAACUUCGAUCGCGAGGGCCUCCGAGUGGAUCCAAAGCAAUUCACCAAAUUGUACAAUGUUCUUGCCGCCAUGUCGGCCGAUGACCCUUCUUUGGAUGUCCAGAAGCUUUGGGCCGGAGAUUGGGAGCACCGUGACACCCAGAUGUCAUUCCUGACAGCUUUUGUGGCCUCCCGAAUUGAUCCAUCGCAGAUCAACAACCUUCGCGCAACCUUCCCUGCCGAUUUCUUUGAUGAUGCCCCUGAAAUCGUCAAAUUGCAAGGCGAGCGAGCAGUGAAGUCCCCUCUUCGGUCCAUGGACGCCAUGAAAUCAAUCUUCGACCUUGCCUUAUUCUCACAAGCUUCGUGGGCUGCAGCUGAGAGCCAGCUCCUCAUCAAAGCGGUUGUUCAAUACGACCUGCCGGUUUUCCUCUGUUCCGCUCUUGCAAUUCCGCAACCGUGGUCAAGUGUUCAACAGAGCUUUGUGCUGCGCACAUUCAUUGUUUUCAUCUCCAAGCAGGAAGAUGGAUAUCAGCUCGCUCUCCAUGGCGCUUGGCGGCAAGACCGACAGUGGGUAUCAGAGCAGCUCUUUACCACUUUCACACAGGAUCCCACAUCCACUGCAGUGAUUUAUGAGCAUGCCGCUGCAUACGGGUGGCUUGAUUAUCUCCUUGGUUUUACCAACGGACUUGCCCUUGAUCUCGCUUGCUACUCCCACCGUAAGAGUACUUUCGACCUCGAACAGUGGGUGCAGAAUGCUGCACAGAAGGGUGCAAUUGAUAUGGGUGGUCUGCUGUCGAAGUUCCUUCGAAUCAAGGCGGAAGAUGAACUGCACGUCCAACGGAAGGAGCAAUCUGCUCACCAAAUGGUCAGCCUCGCAGUAAAGACUGUUUAUACACUCUUGUCCGUGUUGGAAGAAUAUGUCGGAGACCGUGAAAACCUCACACCUGUACAGCGCAUCUGCAUCCAGACCUAUCCUCGUCUAAUCAACUAUGGCGAAGGAUUCGACGAUAUCAUUGAUGCCAAUGGCGAGAACGGCAACACGUUGCCUGACUCCAUCGACAAGCAAAUGCAAGAGCUCUUUGGUAAAAUGUACCACGAGGAGUUGUCGCUGCGUGAGAUGCUGGAAUUAAUGCGCAAGUACAAGUCUUCGCGGGACCCCACCGAACAAGAUUUGUUCGCCUGCAUGGUGCAUGGUCUCAUCGACGAAUAUCAUUGCUACCAUGAGUAUCCGCUCGAGGCUUUGACUAAGACUGCGGUCAUGUUCGGCGGCAUCAUCAACUUCCGUCUUGUUGACGGCAUCACGCUGAAGGUCGGUCUCGGCAUGAUCAUCGAGGCCGUUCGAGAACACGAACCUCACGAUCCGAUGUACAAAUUCGGCGUCGAGGCGAUUGAGCAGCUCAUCAACCGUCUUCCCGAAUGGGGAGGUUUCUGCCACCUGCUUCUCCAAAUCCCGUCUCUGCAAGGCACCCCCAUCUACCAAAAGGCCGAGGAGGUAAUUCGUGACCACAAAAAUAAGGUUGGCGAAGCCGAGGCGGGUCCCUUUGAUGGCCUUGCUGCUGUGCCUGUGACUAACGGCAACGCUGUUGAAUCUCCCGUUGCUGACGGCUCCGUUCGCAAGUUCCGUGCUGUGCAACUCGACCCUCCUCUUCGAUCCGAGCUCUACGAAGACCCGGACGAAGAUAUCCAAGACAAGAUACUUUUCGUUCUCAACAAUGUUUCCGAGCAAAACAUUGACGAGAAGCUCGAAGAUCUGCGAGAAGUGCUGCGCGACCAACACCAUCAGUGGUUCGCCGCAUACUUGGUGGAGGAACGCGCCAAGCUGCAGCCUAACUUCCAGCAGCUUUACCUUGACCUUCUUGGCCGCAUUGGCGACAAGAUCCUUUGGGCCGAGGUUUUGCGGGAGACCUAUGUUAGCGUCGCCAAGCUGAUCAACUCGGAGAACACCCUUAGUUCAUCGACUGACCGCGGUCACCUGAAGAACCUUGGCGCUUGGCUAGGUUCACUUACUAUUGCCAAAGACAAGCCUAUCAAGCACAAGAACAUUUACUUCAAAGGUCUGCUUCUCGAAGGCUAUGAUACUCAACGCCUCAUGGUCACGAUUCCAUUCACUUGCAAGGUCCUUGUCCAGGCUACCAAAUCCACAGUCUUCAAGCCACCCAACCCUUGGCUGAUGGAUAUUUUGGGCCUGCUGUUGGAGCUUUACCAUUUCGCUGAAUUGAAGCUCAACCUCAAGUUCGAGAUUGAGGUUCUGUGUAAAGAUCUCGACCUUGACCACAAGACAAUUGAGCCCUCGGUUGUUAUUCGGGAUCGUGCUGCACAUGCCGAAGAACUGCUGCCAACUGCCAACGUCCCAGAGGGACUCGGCGAGCCGUUUGAGGACUUGUCCCCCAACCCGAUCACCCAAGCUAUCCGGAAUGAGAGAUUGUCUCCGGCCGCCAUCAUGUCCACCCUGCCAAGUCUUGACAAGAUCCUCGUCUUACCCUCAUCGGCGAGCAGCAUGGUUGAUCCCACCAUACUCAAACAGAUUGUGCACACUGCUGUCGAGCGCGCUAUUGCGGAGAUCAUCACCCCUGUCGUUGAGCGCUCUGUGACCAUUGCAUCUAUUUCGACUGUUCAACUUGUCUCAAAAGACUUUGCCAUGGAGCCUGACGAGGAACGCGUUCGCCAUGCUGCUGGUAUCAUGGUGAGACAGCUCGCCGGUAGCCUGGCACUUGUCACCUGCAAGGAGCCUCUGAAGGUUAGCAUGACCAACUACAUCCGAAUGAUUCAGCAAGACUACUCCGAGCAACCUAUGCCCGAGGGUUUGAUUCUGAUGUGCGUGAACGACAAUCUUGAUGCUGCUUGCGGCAUUGUUGAGAAAGCUGCGGAAGAGAAGUCUCUACCUGAGAUUGAGAAGGUGAUCGAGCCACAACUAGAGGCUCGUCGCCGCCACCAGGCCAGCCGCUCUAACGACCCGUUCAUUGACCCUUCAAUGAACCGUUGGGGUCUGUUCAUUCCAGAGCCGUACAGGCAGGCCCCCGGUGGUCUCAACAAAGAGCAACUUGCAAUCUACGAAGAGUUUGCCCGCCAAUCCCGUGGACCGGCCCCAUCCACUGACUCGUCGGCGGGCCGUCAACUUCCAGAUGUGCUUGGGGAAUCCUAUCCUGCUAUUCCUAAUCUCUCCACCCCGGCCGAACAGCCAGCCAUUCCUCACAGAACCCCCCAGGCCCAGCCUGCUGUAUCUCAAUUGCCCCCUGUCCAGACCAACGGGUUCCUUGAUGCCCAAAGUCCUCGGGAAAGAGUGGAAAGCCUCGUUUCCGACCUUCAGCAAUCUGCUCGCAGCGCUCCUGAAGAGCACGUCAAGGACCUUGGCAGAGACAGUGUGGUGCUUCAAGAGUACAAUCAGGCUCUGCGCAGUAUUCUCAACUCGACCAACGGAGAGGAGCUGGCAAGACUGACCUCAUUUAAGGUCUGCACUGUGCUGUAUUCCCAGCAGCAUGGUUCUCUCGAGAUUGAAGUUCUCGUGCAUCUUCUUGCCAAAUUGUGCGAUAUGUCCAGCCUCAUUGCUCGGUACACGUGGGCCCUGCUUUCCGAAGUUGAUGAUGAGCACAUGUUUAAUGUGCCAGUCACUGUUGCCCUCAUUGACGCAGGCCUACUGGAUAUUCGCAGAGUGGAUACCAACCUGACCCGCCUCAUCCUGUCAAGGAAUGUGCCCGCUUUGGAGUUGCUGGGCAAUCUGAUGGAUCGCGUUCUCUUUAGCGAAGAACCCUCGGCCCUUCGAUCAGACUUCUCCGGCAGCCUGGACGCCAUGAACCAAUGGCUUGUUGAGGAUCCAAAUAUUGCCCCCGGAGUCGAGAUUCUGCGAAAGUUGCGCGAGUCUGGUAUUCCCGAAUUUGUCAACUCUCUUCUCAGCGACCAAGCCCGAUCCAAGCGAGACCAGAUGGAGUAUAUCUUCAGCGAGUGGAUCGGUAUCUACAAGGCUCCCGGUGCCACUGACCGCACCUUCCACUCUUUCCUCCAGGAUCUCCAUAAUCGUCAAGUGAUGAGCAGCCAGGAGGAUUCCGCAUUGUUCUUCCGUCUCGGCAUCGACAUCUCCGUCGCCAUGUUUGAGCAUGAGUCUCAGAAUCCCAAUGGCGGCAGCAUUGAUGAAGCUUUCCUCUACAUCGAUGCCCUCGCUAAGCUCGUGAUCCUUCUAGUUAGAUUCCAGGGUGAGAGUGCUGGCGCCGUCAAAGCCAGCAAGGCUAGCUACUUCAACUCCAUUCUGUCUCUCUUGGUCCUGGUCCUCAAUCACCACCAGGUCAUGAGAGGUGAGGCUUUCAACCAACGUGUGUUUUUCCGCCUCUUCUCUAGCAUUCUCUGCGAGUACUCGAUGAACGGGCUCCAGCGCACAGAGCAACAUCAGGGCAUGAUUUUCGCCUUGGCCAACAAGUUCCUGUCUUUCCAACCGCGUUACGUGCCUGGGUUUGUGUACGGCUGGCUUUGCUUGGUUUCUCACCGCGUGUUUAUGUCCGAUAUGCUCAACAUGCCUGAUCGUGCCGGAUGGGCGCCUUACUGUGAAAUCAUGCAGGCAUUGCUGUCCUACAUGGGUGAGCAACUGAAGGCCGCCAACAUUACAUACGUUGCCAAAGAUCUUUACAAGGGCGUUCUGCGUAUCUUGUUGAUCCUGCACCACGAUUUCCCCGAGUUUGUUGCUGAGAAUCAUUUCCAAUUCUGCAAUGUCAUCCCGGCCCAUUGCGCUCAGCUCCGCAAUCUUGUUCUGAGUGCCUAUCCUUCGUCGUUCCAGAAACUUCCUGAUCCCUUCCGCGAGGGCUUGAAGGUCGAGCGCAUCGAGGAAAUGCGUGAAAUCCCUAAGAUUGCCGGUGAUAUCGUUGCUCCUUUGCAGAAUGCCAAUAUCAAGGACAUCGUCGACAGCGCGCUCCAAACCGAGAGCAUCUCCGAGACCGCCGUUCAGCAGCUUUGCGACGCGAUUCUCACUCCCGAGGCUAAGGACACUGGUCUGUUCUUCGUCCCGGUCAAUGUUGAUGUCGUCCUGGUGAAUGCGCUCGUUCUGUACAUCGGUCAGCAAGCCGCAGUGCAGCAUGCCUCCAAGGGCAACACCCGCAGCGCCUUUGAGAACUCGAUUCACGCCACUCUCCUAGACAAGAUCACCCAGGCCCUGCGACCUGAAAGUCGCUACUAUUUCAUCAGUGCCAUGGCCAACCAGCUUCGUUACCCCAACAGCCACACCUACUUCUUCAGCUUCACAAUUCUCCGUAUCUUCGGUGUGGACUACAAUGAGCAGGAUGACACGGAUGUCCGCCAGCAGAUCAUUCGUGUUUUGUUAGAGCGACUGAUCGUCCAUCGCCCGCAUCCAUGGGGCCUGAUCAUCACCCUGCAGGAGCUCCUCCAAAACCGGGCCUACGCAUUCUUCCGCCUUCCCUUCAUCCAGGCGGCCCCUGAGAUUGGACGUCUCUUCGAUGCCCUUCUCACACACAUCCAGCAGCAGAGCCCUCGGCCUAUCACCUAA